ACAUCGUGUCGUCGCUCCACGCACUCCCAUUAGAGCCAAGGACUCAGAUCUCUUCCUCCGAAGAGCUCAUCUUCGCUUCAAGUGCAAAGUGGAGAGCGAAGUUCAGAACGGGUCCUUGAUCUUGUACCCCGGUUCGGCCUUCUAAGACACCUGUUCGAUCGUGAAGAUCGAUCGUCAGCACGACCGCAUAGAUAUCCUGACGGGACAGCAACGCCGGAGGGCAUCCGAUAGGAAUACGGUGAACGGGACUUCAUCCAACUCCGAAAAUGACGGUCGCCGACGGACGUCCGAAACUGAACACGCACGGAGGGUGCUAUCUCCACAUACCGGAAAACCCUGUGAACUCGAAGGAUGCUCCGCCUUCGCCCGCCGGCUUGAUAAUCAGACCCGGUGUCAAACUCAUGUACCCGGCGGCCUUUUCGGUAUUCGUGGGUGCGCUGGCUAUUGGCACCGUUGUCGGAUACCCCUCCAUGGCAAUCUCGUCGAUGGCGGACUCGAACUCGAUAGUGGCUGAGGCCAUGCGGGACUCGGACAACGUCGCCUGGUUCAAUAGUCUGAUGGCCCUGGCAGCUCUUCCCGGCGCGUUCAUGGCAGCUCCUCUCGCUAGCUCGAUAGGGCGUCGAAUCACCCUGCUGACCGCUUGCAUACCUUUUUCGAUCGGAUGGCUCGUGAUCGCGUUCGCGAGAUCGACGCUCGAACUCUUCACAGGAAGGGUUCUGACAGGUUUCUGUACUGGAAUGAUUUGCGUUGCUGGACCAGUGUACAUCGUAGAAAUCUCGUCGAAAGAGAAGCGUGGUCUCCUAGGAGGACUCUUCGGUGGCAUCAUAUCUGGCGGUAUUCUCUUCUGCGGCAUAAUUGGCGGCUUCUUAUUCGAAUGGCGCGGUCUGGCGCUUUGCAGCGCCUGUCUGCCAGCCUGCAUGGGGCUCCUGCUCCUGUUCAUGCCCCGCUCCCCGAAACUUCUCGUUUCCAAAGGAAGGGUCGACAAGGCGAUCGAAGCGAUGAGCGCGCUGCACGGCAGUAAUUCUGACGCGCACUUGGAAAUUCUCAUCAUGAAAGGAACUCAGGAAGACCUCCAUAGCGCUCUGUCGGUCCGGGAUCUGUUCCGCAAAUCGACGCUCAAAGCUGCAGGAAUAGCGAUGAGUUUGAUGCUGUUCCAGCAAUUUUCCGGGAUCAACGCCAUCAUGAUGUACGCGGUCCCGAUCAUGCGGGACGCCGCACCGUCCCUCAACCCUGUCUACUGUACGAUCAUGCUGCAAGGGACUCAAGUUGCGCUGAACGCCAUCGCUUCGAAAAUCACCAACAACCUCGGCCGCCGGAUUCCACUGAUGUUCUCGGCGCUCCUCAUGAGCUUGUCUUUAGCGGGCUUCGCGUUCAGUCAGUACAAGGAAACGUCGCUGUCGUGGCUGCCCGUUCUGUGUUGCGUAGUGGCGGUCAUCGGUUUCUCGAUUGGUUUCGGACCUUUGCCGUGGCUUGUGGUCGCGGAAAUCGCACCCACCAAGGUGUCGGGUCUGAUUUCAUCUCUGGCGACGUCGACGAAUUGGGCUUCGUUCUUCCUCCUCAUCAAAACCUACGACGACUUGGUUCAGGCUCUGAGUUCGCACUUCGUGUUCUUCAUGUAUUCGGCAUGGUGUUUGACGGCUUUCCUGUUUGUCGCGUUCUGCAUUCCGGAAACAGCGAACAAGAGUCAUCACGAAAUCGAAGCCAUUCUCGAAGGUCGGAGCGUCGGUGACCAUGAUGAUGAUGACAGCGAAAAGUCUGCACGGCAAAGUCCUCAAAUUCUAGUCAAGGACAUGGACGAAGAGCCUCAGUUUUGAAGGAAAAUCUCAUUGUCAGAGCUAAGUCAAUAGAUAGGCGAGGCUGCGACGGGGGGCUGGGCAGCUAGCGCUCUAGUGUGAAUCUCCUCUUGCGAAGUCGCCGAAGGCUUCGCGUGCAAGAACUGAGUGAGUGAGUGAGCGAUUUGGGAAUGCGAGAAUGAAGUGCGUGCGUUUAACUGAGUUGCGACAGCUCGAACUGUCAACGAAGGUGUAAAUACUUUUAGUCAAGGAUAAUAGUCAUGGCUCCGAUGGGUCCUGGGUGGACCAUUGAGACGCUGAGAGAACUCUCACUGGGAUGCUGGGCAUCUAUCCUGUGGGAUUGUUCGAUAUGUUGAUUGAGACUUUCUCAUACGAGCCUCGAUAGUCGAUGUUUCGCACCGAAGAGGACGAACGUGUUUCAACGGUGGUGUCGAUGUUUCGCACCCCACUCCGAUUAGCUUCGUUUUGAAAAGAGAACAGGGAAUGAUAGUAAUCCUUAGGAAGACUGUCUUAGAUACUCUAGAUGAGAUAACAAAUGCCGGGAGAACCUCCUCAUCAACGGUGCUUGUUGCUUUACAUCUAAUUCAGCACCGUGUUUUCCAUUCUUCAACAGUGUAUGCUCAGCCGUUGUUCGCGGCUACAUUUACCGUCGUGGGUUCAUCUUCCUGAUCAUGUGAUGCGAAUACGCCCUAGUAAACGAAUAAGCGAACCGAAUAAAUAU